CCGGCGGACAAGCCGCUUUUUCUGGCGCCAUGUCGCAGCUGGCGGUGUAUGGCGGAGCGGUUGGCAUCACCGCGCUGAUCCAAGGGCUAGGAUUCCUGGUAGCUUUCGCCCUGCAGACGGAGGUCUUCUACGACAUCUUGGGGGGGCUGAACUUCCUGUCGAUUACUCUUUGGUCGGCGACCUCUUCCAGCUUGGACACCCGCAAGGCUUGGGCCACCUGCCUCUUCCUCUGCUCCCGGGGCUGGCUGCUGGUCUUCUUGGCCUGGCGCGCCCACGAGCGCAAGGGGGACUCCCGCUUCGACGAGCUGAAGGGCAAGUUCUUCUCCUUUAUGAAAGCCUGGAUCGUGCAGGGCAUGUGGGUGAUGCUUAUCUCCAUGCCAGUCCUCUUCAUCAACUCCUCGGCUGCCUCCGUGCCGAUGGACAGCUUUGAUUGGCUCAUGGCUUGCGGCUUCGGGGGCUGCAUCCUGGUGGAGAUUUUGGCGGACGUGCAGAAAGCGCAGUGGGUGAAGCGAGGCCGGCCCGGUGGCUUCUGCCAGGAGGGGCUAUGGGCGGUGUCCAGGCACCCCAACUACUUCGGGGAGAUCUUCCAGUGGUGGUUCGCCUGGCUCUUGGCCUUCCGAAGCUCCGAGCUGCAGUCAGGACUAUGGGAUCCUCUGUGGUGGGCCUGCUCCAUCUCGCCGCUCUUCACCAUGCUCAUCCUGCUUCACGUAAAGGCGACGGGGGUCUGCAACGCAGAGGGCCGGAACCUGAAGCGCUACUAUGACCAGUGCCCGGAAGACUACGCGAAGUACCGGGAUAGCACCUCAGUGUUGAUCCCCAUGGUCGGGUACCAGCACGUGCCCCUCUCUUUGAAGAGGACCAUCUUCCUGGACUUUGAGAAGUACGAGUACAAGCCGAAGACUGCAGGAUCCGAAAAGACAGAGUGAGGAACUUUGGAUGCCAAGCUCACCAGCGAUGAGGACUGAGCUGCGCUCCUCGCCGGCUCGGCGAGGGCGGCGUUCACCUCGGUGCGCUUUGCACAGUUUGGGGGUUGUGCUGUCCGGUUAGGUUGAGUGUCAGUUGAGC